UGUUUGUGUAUGUUGUAACUGAAAAGUUCUGUAAUGAAAAGAUAUGUUUUGGUUAUUAAUAAUAUAGAUGUAUCGAAACUUUGUGAAGAUAAAGAGAACAAAGGGAAAGUCAUUUAUUAUUAAUAGCCAUAUCAUCCCGAAGCUAAUGUGCUUGAGAAAUACUAAGGAUGCGUACUUCAAGGGAGGUGGGAAGGCGUGGUGGUUGCCGGCUAGGAACAAGAAAGAGCGCUCUAGUUUGUCGGUGAACAGCGUGAAGCAAAGCUACAUGCAGCUGACGCGGGUGUUCUCUGAUGAUGAAGCACAGAUCAACAAGAAGCUGCCGAAGGAGCUUCUGCUCAGGAUCUUCUCGUACCUGGACGUGGUAUCGCUGUGCCGCUGCGCGCAGGUUUCGCGCGCGUGGAAUGUGCUGGCCCUUGACGGCAGCAACUGGCAGAGGAUAGACCUGUUUGAGUUCCAAAAAGAUGUGGAGGGCGAACCUCGGGGACCUAUCCAACCAGCCAGCCAGCCAGUCCGCCAGCCAGCCAGUCCGCCAGCCAGCCAGCAAGCAGGUCAGCCCUACUACUGGGAGACCGCAGAGCCAAACCAGCCGCAGCCCGUAAGUAGGCAUCAGACGAGGGACACUGGGAGCUACUUUCAGGGCAUCCCAAGGUGAAGGAGAAUCCUACCUACCCCUCUCAGGAACCUCCAGCCAGAAGUUACUCGUGCCAGUCAGGCCGCUCCCUUCUUAUUCAGGCAGCACAGUAAAGAUUGGACGCAGGGAGGGGACUCGCUCCAGCAAGAAGCAACCCUCACCUCGCGACAAUUAGUGGCGCCCAACGUGGGGCCAAUCCCUUCUCACUCAGGCAGCAAACUAAAAGAUUGACGCUUAAGGCCAUUCUGGAAGAGCCAGAGAAGAGCCACGUGACAGGUUGAUUGUGCAAAAGCCACUUAUUGUAAGUGAUAACAAACAGAAUAUUGUACAAGUAAUGGGGAAAAAGAGGGAUAGUACAUAACGUAGUAGUUAUCAACAUUAGGAAUGACUGACACCAUCAAUCUGACGUCUGGUUACAAAAUUACACUUUAUAAUGCAUGUUUCAAUCAUAUUUGAUUAAUACUACACCCAAUUCAGACUGAACAUUUAUAUGCAUUAGUUGAAUUCUAUCUCAUUCUGUAUAAUUUUAAAUAAUUAACAUUUAUGUGAUAGAAUCUUCAAACCCAAACCAUAAAGGUGAAUACUAAUUGGCAUAUCUCAAUAAACUUCUUAAUUUAGAGGCAAAUUUGUUAAACAUUAAUCUCACAGCAGAUGAUUAUAUUUUGUUUCUCAUCCUCACUAAACAUACGUAUUUGCAUUCUUUGUAUAUUUCAGAAGACCCAGCUUCAGACAGUUCUUGUGAGGAUGUUGCUCCUACUCUUCAGCCUCGAUGCUCUACUACAGCUGCUAAUUCACACAAAACCUUUAUUUUGUAUUUGGGUGUAUAAUUUUCAAGAGUCAAUUGCAUGCCAAAUAACAUAGGUAUAUUAUUAUUAAGUAAUAUAUUACAUACAAAGCAGACAAUUGUAUUGUUGCUUUAAGAAUUUCAUGUUUGUAUUAACUAUGGUAAUUAAAACCCAACAACUUAUUCGUAGCAGAUGUAGUAUUUUUUAGAGAUGGGUCGAGUUUUGGUUUAUCGAGUCGAGCCGAGCCGAGUUGGGUCAGAUUGACUCGACUCGAAAACCGAGUCACAUAUUUUAUCAAGUUCGAGACUCGAAACACGUUUCGAGUUAAGUACCAGCAUCGUGACAUUAUAGCACUUUAUUAUAGGUUGUCUUAACGUUUUCGCUUAGUCAUUAAUACAGUAAGAAAUGAUAAUGACCUUUAAACAAAACAAAUCCCGUGCAAACCUAACCUUGCCCGCUACCGUGCUACGGCGCUACAAUAGGUACAAGUGCAACCAAACCUAGGCCUACCUUCAUUUAUGAACGUGACGUCGUAACGUGAUUUUGUCGAUAGUGGCGACAGUUUAUAGGACAAAAUUAUGUCACAUGACCAUUUUAUAUAAAAAAAAAAGCUUGGAAAACAGCGUGCACUGUUUUCAUUUUGUUUUUCAUCCUGUGUUUACUUCAAAUACGGUACCGCAUUUGUUUACAAAAUACGUCAAUGGAUUUUCACUGAAGAAAAAUUUGUUGCAAAACGCACAUAUAUUAAUAAUCAUCACGUUUAUCGUGGCCUGUUUAUAACUCGUAUAAACAAGAGAUUUUCGUAACCUAAAAAUAAAAUCAUAAAAUAAUUAUAUUGUAAUAUUUAGUAAAUAACACCAAGCCGUGAUGCGUGAAAAUGUCUGCGUGUUAGGCCAGCCACCCUUGCAUUUUGGAACUAAAUUUAGUAGAGGUGUAAAAGUAACGAAAAAAUGUGUACCCGUAUGUAUUCGUUACUAUAACAAUCAGUACUCGUUACUUUCGUAUCGUUACUCGUUACUUCUGAUACCGCAUAACAUGGCACAUGCUAUGUUAUGUAACAGCAACGAAUCGAGUCGUAUUUCGUACGCGUACAGUAUGACGUCGCGUAAAUAAAAAUAAAUCGAAUAUAAACAAUUAAAAAUAUUUGAUAAUUAACAGCUUUUGUUAACCAAGAAACAAUUAAAUCUCAUUAGAGCGGCUUUAUUAUAAUAUAUCUUUUAAUAUAAGAACAUAAAACGUGAAAAUACUCGAUAAUAAAAAACAAAAACAUACAUAUUUAUAAUUUGUAAAAAAUACUUUCUUACGUUGUUUCUGUUCGAAUCUAAAACUUUGUCUACACACACAAUACCUUUAAUAAACAGUAAAAAACUUGGACGACGAAUUUCCAAAUUAUACUUUUAAUAAUAAACAAACAUCGUUCUUUGUAACGAAUAAGCGCGCGCAUGCGUAAAACAUACGAAAGAUGCGAGUAACGAAAUGCAUUUGUGUGUAACUUUUCGUUACUCGUUACUAGAUGCCGCACCCGUUACUUAGUAACGAAUACAUACGGUUUGCUACAGCUCUAAAAUUUAGCUGUGCUCCGCUACGCAGCGCUGCGUGUCAAUAACGUUUAGGAUAAAAUUACUUUAUUUUUGUUUGAAUAAAAUAUAAUAAUAACAACGCUCAUGCAUUUUUAUUUGGCAAUCAGUUACUGAUCACCAAAUCAAAUGCAUGAAAUAUUUAUUUAAAAACAUAUUGAUAUUCUUGUAGUUGUAACAAGUUCCGGGUGAAUAAUCUUGCCGCGGAAAGUGUAUUUACAUUGAGAAUGUGACAAUGUGACAAGGCCUACAUCCCUUGAGCUGUUUGUUCAUGUGGGGAUCUGCCGGUGAAUCGGGAAAAAAAAGUUACGUAACUCGGGAAGCCUUAUUUCCACAGAAGAAAGAGCCAAACUCCCGAUCGUACAUCUUCGUUUUCUUUUUGUUCAUUGUAAAUAAAAAUGGCGGUGUUGAUAAAAGGAAAUAUCAUAAACAAGGCAACAGUAUUUAUUUGUACGCCGCCAUAUUUUUCGUUUGCAGUGUGUCCGUGAAUGUUUAUUUUGGACAACUCAUGAUAAUUAUGGUCAAUUAGGUUAGAUUCGCUACAUUAUAAAUACUUUAAAACAUUGUGGACGGUUGAUAUGGUUAGGAUAGCUACAUUAAAGAUACUGUGAAAUCAUGUUGAAAUAAAGCUUAGUUUUUUAUAUUUAAAUAACAAUGAUUUGAAUUAAUCAUUUAAAAUAUUUAAAUAACAUAAUGAUUUGCUAAUUAAUCAUUUAAAAUAUUUAAAUAAUGCAGAUGCAUCUUGGAUACACAAUUUUUAUAUUAAUGGGUGUAGUAAUAUUUUAUUUAUCAUAUUCGAUGCAAAAAAUUAUAAUAUUAUGAAACUCGAACUGACUCGACCUCUUCAAAAAUUAUGUGACUCGAACUCGACUCGACUCGAAAUAUGAAUUGCUAAACUCGGCUCGACUCGACUCGAAGCCAAAAAACCUCAACUCGUCCAUCUCUAGUAUUUUUCAUAUAUUAUUUUUCAUCACACACGCAUGAGUCAUCAACUUACCUACCCAGUGGCCAUAACGAUGUUUCACUUUACGUAAAGUUGGUGAAUGAAGCAUUGUUAAAUACAUGCAACAAUGUUAACACCAUUAAGAGAAAAUGGAGGUAAUUCAUAUGGUUUAGGUCCUGACCUUCAUACCGAAGUUAAACUAUUUAUCUUUGCCCCAAGUUUUGAAUGUUAGUUUUUAACCUUUUGUAUCCUCUGUGUGAAUGAUGGUUGGUUAUGUUCAGAUCUGUUUUAACGAAUGACAAGAUUAGGAUAGUGUGUUAAUGUACUAGUUAUGUAACAAAGUGAACACUUCGCCAACUAAUUUCAGGAGCUGUGCGGAUUGCUGCACCUACGGCAACCGAGAGAGAUAUCUGUGUGAUAAUCUCAAACUGGAUGAAGCAUGCAAAAACCCGACAAGAAAGAAGUAGGUAAGAAAUUUUUUUGGAGUUAUUUGGUUUUAUGCAAUGCCAACUAUACCUAACCCAAAAUUUUUGGUCUACAUACAUUUUUUUAGAGAUUGCUUUCUGAAGAAUAAAUGCAUCUAGGGUAACCUGGUUCCACAAAUUAAUGUUCCAAACCUCUGAAGUAGCAGCUAUCAAUUUCUGGUAUAUCUGAUAAAAAUUAAGUUGUUCCCUGCUCAUUUUUUGUUCAAACUUACAGUAAUACGGUAUAGUUUUUGCUUUUAGAAAACAAGUUCGUAUGUACAUACCGCCAAACCCCUGUACACAAACAUGUACUUGAUGAAACUAAGAUUUUCCAUUUUUAAAUUACUCGGAACGUUAUUCCAGGAAUUAAUAAUAGGGCGCCAGAGGUAAUCAAGAAGUAACAACAAAAUAACACUAUCAAGACUUAUUUUUAUUGUUUUAACCAAAAUGAGAAACCUUGAGUCAUGGAAGUAAUAAACAAACAAACAAAUAUUAAAUACAGUCUAUGGGAUGUCGUAGAUAACCUAACUCUUGAAUAAAAUAAAAUAAAAUAAAUAAAGUUCCUGAAAUUGUUCACUGAGUAUAAAGUUUUGGGGUUUUGCUCCGGCUUGCUCGAGCAUGAAACGGCUAACCUAAAGACUUCUGGACUUGUGUACAUAUAUUUUGUGCUAAUGUGAGUAAAUUUGCCGAUAAUCGCCGAAAGUCAGUAUUCAACUAAUUUGAUGAUAAUCCAAAGUUUAUACAAUUACAGUUCGCAUACGUUGACGGUAAAAUUUACGUCAAUUUUAUUAUAUAGCGAUGAUGCAGACCAUACCUUAACUCUGGAUAAUUAAGGUCGUUCGUAAAAUACGUCGUCACUCACGUGAAUUGAAUGCGAUUCUUCUGCAUUCAAUUACAGGGCGUCAAUUAAUAUUGCCCAGUAUUUUGACGUAAUUUCCAGACCAAUAACGCCGAAAUUAGCAUCGCCACGAAUAAAAUAUUCCCAGAGGGAAUACACUACCACACGCACUAAAUGGCGUCAUUUUCCACUUUUUUCCUUCUCUCUUGCCGAAAUUAAAUUGUUAAUUGAAAAGGGCCAAUCACGGCCGCGACACGUUAGCGUCCUUUUUAAUUAGGCCAAUGAAAUGUCAAUAUUACUCAAGCAUAGGCUCGUUAAAGCUGUUCCAAACGCCGCGCGAUUAUUUAUUUUAGCAGUUGUCAUGACGACGCAGCACGAGCUGCGCGUGCCGCCAUGCGUGAAACAAUUAAAACACUGCCGAAAGUAUCGGGAAGCGGUAUUAAGGGGACCGGGAAUGCCCUAUCUUGACAGUGUUAAAAUUAGCAUCUUAAUGUCCCAUUUUCUGAGGAUCCUUUUGUCACAGCAUGUUGAAAUUUUUUUUACGUAUUCAUGAAGCCUUAUUUAUGGAAUAGACAUAAGGAAAUUGUAUUGUGUUGUGGUAUAAUUGGGGGGGGGGGGGGGGGGAAAUAUUUAGCAUUUAAAAUUUUUUUUACAAAAUUUUAUCAAAAUUUUUUGCAAUAACAUUUUUUCUAAUUAAUUUAGAAAAAUAAUUUUGUGUUAAAAGUCGCAUAAUCAUACUAGCAAUUUAUGUUCCAAGUUUCAUUAUUCUAUCUCGAAUAGUUCCUGAGAAAAAGGGGCAUUUGCAGAGAUGAUAAAUACAGUAAUUACAAUUUUCUCAGUGUUAGGUACAUUAUUUAUUGCUUUAGAUAUUAAUAUACAUAUGAUGUGUGUUUUGUAUACUGUAUAUAGCAGUUGCAUCAAGUUUUUAGCUUGCUACCAACUUGCAUGCCAUUCUGUGAAAACUGCAUUUAAGAAGUCGUAUCUUUUAAUAGAUAUAAAAGAACUUUGUAUAGUUAGAUUUUUUGUGAUUGAGUAGUAUUUUUAUAGUUAAUUUGUGAUAGUCAUUGUUGUAGCCAAUUCCAUGGUUGACCUGCUAAUUGGGUGCUCCACUUGAGGAAAUCAAGAUGUUAUAACUAUGCAGUGUUUUAUAGUUUCUGAAAAAUUGGUUUCACCAGAAGACCUGGUAAUCCCAGCAAUAUUUUUAGCCUCAUUUGCAAGGGAUCGUGUUCUAACAUAUUAUUUUUUGUUUGGGCCAAAUUUUUAGUUUAUCAUUUUUAAAAAAAUUUUCCCUGCAAAAGUUUAACUUAAGUAAUUAUGGUAUGCCAAUUCAAACACUGGCAGUUCAUUAUAAUAGGAGCAACCAUACCCUGACCCAUAGGCGUGCCUACAGGGGGGCCAGGUGGGCCAUGGCCCCCCUAAUGUAAUCACUCAGAUCUGCAUUUUCUCUAAUGCGUUCGUUAAUAUUUGUAUAUUCCUGGCACUGUGACACUCAAACUGUUUUUCAGUGUUGCAGCGUGCUAAUUAACAAUAUUUUUAAACAUUUUAUCGUUCUGGAAAUACAGCCACCUUUGUUUAUUUAAAACAAGAGGUCCCUUAAAAUGGCCAAGCAAAAAAAUAUAUAUAUAUAAAGAGGUUUGUUAAAUUUCUAUUGUCUGAAUUGCUGUGUUUGCAUUCACUAAAAAGAAGUUCAUUUCAAGGCAGAUCUGGACCAAGCUAUUGGGAAAUUUGAGGGGGAGGGAAAAUGUGUAAGUACCCUUUAAACAUUGUCUAUGGAAAAAAAAAAACAUAUUUUCAAGAUUGUUAAAACUAUACGGAUAUAAAUAUUAAUUAGUAAACAUAUCUCGUUGAUACUGCACAAAAAUAUAAACACGGCAAUGAGUGAAUGUAUUUAGGCUAUUUAACAUUCUAAAUUCAGCUUCUGAUUUAAAAAUUUAGCAGGGCCCCCCCUAAUGGAAAUUCUGGGCAUGCCUAUGCCCUGACCUUAAAGUAGUAGAAGAGCUGUAAUUUUAAUUUACUUCCAGUAAAACAAUUUUUGUUUAUACUAAAUAUGCGAUAAUUUAAUUUCAGAUAGUUAGUAAAUCAUAGUGAUUGAAAUAUUAACUUGUAAUUUAAUUACGAAGUACUCUAAAGAAUGAUCAGUAUACCAACGUGAUGAUAAAUUUCAAACAUCCAGUCACUUGUCUGCAUAUGGUGUAUGUAUAACUAAACAUAAUUGAAAAUUAAUUCCAUAAAAUUAUUGCAGACUAGGGUUUAGAAUUUUUCCACCAUUUAAUUUAAACACGAAAAACAUUUAUUUUGAACUGCAUCAUUAUAUUGUUGUUGAAAAACAGCUGUUACCUUCCUGCAAUUUACAUUGCUUUUCUGUAGUUCCAGUCACUAUUUUUUUUUUUUUAUACACACACACACACGUGUCUAAUUUAGAUAAGAUGGAAAAGUCAUUCAUAGGUGCUAUGUAGUCAUUUUCAGUGCUCAUUGUUGGUUACUAUGGAAUGAAACUGUUCAAAGUGGUAUAAUAAUACACUGUCUCUGCAUUGUACAGAGUAUAAAAAUGGCCGGAUUUGAAGAUGUGAAUUGGUUUAUAAAAUUAUGAUAUUAAGUUGUGAAAGAUUUUUAAUGAAAUUCUGACUUUGUGACUUUUUUUGUUAAUCUUUACAGUGAAAUUCUUU